AUGAUUGGAAUAUGUCUGUGUGUAUAUCGACAUGAGGAACCACAAGUAGGAAAUUUAUUUCUCAGUGGUAUUAUAUGGAAUCAAAUUCUUAAUGAAAUAGAGAAUAAUAAUGAUAACAGUUUACUAACAAAGAUUGAAUCAUUCAUCUCCACAUUGAAAAGUAUAAAUACAUAUAAUUGGAAAAUAGACAAGUGUUUACUAUUGGAAAGAUCUAAUCAAAUUAUUGGAGAAAGACAGAUAAUACGACCACCUUCUACUACCACUCAAAGACCUAUAAUAAUUCCAAUUCCAACAACUACUACCACUCAAAGACCUAUAAUAAUUCCAAUUCCAACAACCACUACCACUGUUGCAACGACCAUUCCAGAAACGACGACGACAACAACAACAACGAUCGCUCCAACUACAACAACGACUCCUCCAACGACAACAACAACUGUUCCGGCGACAAGUACGACCGCUUCAACUACAAUAACGAACCCUCCGACGACAACGACAACAACGACCGCUCCAACUACAACAACAACUGUUCCGACCACAACUACGACCGCUCCAACUACAACAACGACCCCUCCAACGACAACAACGACUGUUCCGACGACAACAACGACGACCGCUCCUACGACAACAACAACUACUACAGAAACGACGACGACAACAACUACAACGACCGCUCCAACUACAACAACGACCCCUCCGACGACAACAACUGUUCCGACGACAACAACGACCGCUCCAACUACAACAACGACCCCUCCGACGACAACAACUGUUCCGACGACAACAACUGUUCCGACGACAACAACUGUUCCGACAACAACAACGACUGUUCCGACGACAACAACUGUUCCGACGACAACAACGACCGCUCCAACUACAACGACGACUGUUCCGACAACAACAACGAUCGCUUCGACAACAACAACGACUAGUUUAUCAGUUAAACCACAUAGAAUAUGUUUGUGUGUAUACGGAGAUGAUGAGCCAGAAGUAGGAAAUUUAUUUCUCAGUGGUAUUAUAUGGAAUCAAAUUCUUAAUGAAUUAGAGAAUAAUAAUGAUAACAGUUUACAAACAAAGAUUGAAUCAUUCAUCUCCACAUUGAAAAGUAUAAAUACAUAUAAUUGGAAAAUAGACAAGUGUUUACUAUUGGAAAGAUCUAAUCAAAUUAUUGGAGAAAGACAGAUAAUACGACCACCUUCUACUACCACUCAAAGACCUAUAAUAAUUCCAAUUCCAACAACUACUACCACUCAAAGACCUAUAAUAAUUCCAAUUCCAACAACCACUACCACUGUUGCAACGACCAUUCCAGAAACGACGACGACAACAACAACAACGAUCGCUCCAACUACAACAACGACUCCUCCAACGACAACAACAACUGUUCCGGCGACAAGUACGACCGCUUCAACUACAAUAACGAACCCUCCGACGACAACGACAACAACGACCGCUCCAACUACAACAACAACUGUUCCGACCACAACUACGACCGCUCCAACUACAACAACGACCCCUCCAACGACAACAACGACUGUUCCGACGACAACAACGACGACCGCUCCUACGACAACAACAACUACUACCCCGACGACAACUCCAACUACGAUUAUUGCUACUACGACCAUAACAGAGGCGACACAGACAACAACACAAACUACUCCCAUAGCAACUACCAUUAUACCUGAAUGUGAACAAUGUGAUAUAUUAAUAACCAUAAUCAAUUCAUGCCCAAAUAUUUCUAAUAAUAUUAAAAUUAUUGUAUGUGUCCUAGACGAAAUUCAUCAAUGUGAUAACUUUAUAGACAGAAGCAUAGAGGAAUUUUUUGAAUGCAUCGACGAUUCUUAUCUAAAAAAUGCCAAAAAUAAUAUAAAAUGUGACGAUGUGAACAAGUUCUUAGAAAAAUUAUUGGAAAAUUACAAGGAUUUAUUGGAUACUUGGAAGUCUUUAGGGCUCUACAAAUACUUGUAUUCAAGUUAUCUACACCUUAAAUGUGAAUAAUUGUUCAUUUUUCUUAUACAUAAUUACAAUUACUAAAAAUUUUGGGGACGGCAUUAACAGAUUGAAAUUUGUUGUUGAAUUCAUUUUUUAUUUGUUAUUAUAAUUGGAAUUUGUUUGCUUCUAAGAUGAGCAAUAUAUAAAAGCAGAAAUAUAUAAUAAAAAAGUUAU